AUGUAUUUCUUCUUGUAAGUUGUGAAUCGGUCCACCAGUCCACUACCAGCGUGUAAAGUUCGCAGUUUCAAUCCAAUCAACAAAAGGUUUAUUUCCGAAAGGUAAAACCCCAAAUAACCCGAUGAACCAGCUGGAGAAAAAGGAAACGCGUCAGGCCAUCCUGAUCGGCGAUAAUUUCAGCGAUUGCUUCAUUCCGUUCAGCGAGCGCAACCCACUGUCGCUUCUGCCCCUGGUAAACGUUCCCCUGCUGGACUAUGCACUGGAAACGUUGAAUCGUGCCGGUAUGGAAGAGGUGUUCCUGUUCUGCAGCAACCGGGCCGAACAGGUUCGUGGCUACGUUCAGCGGCAGCAGCAGCAAAACCGGUGCAGCUGGUCCAUUGGGAUGUCGGUGACGAUUGUCAGCUCCGAAGGGUGUCGCUGUUUGGGCGAUGCUCUGCGGGAUUUCGAUGCGAAAGGAAUGGUACGGGGAAAUUUCAUUCUAACCGGAGUGGACACCGUAACCAAUGCCAGCCUGGGAGCAAUUCUCGAGGAGCACAAGCGGACGAUGAAGACGGAUAAGGGGGCUACUAUGACGGUGCUUUACAAAGAGGGAGUUCCGCAGCAACGUACCGGUAAUGAAAUUGCGAUUGCCAUGGAUAAGAACACGAAGCGAUUGCUGUAUCAUCAGAGGCUUAAGCCGCAGCAGAAGGAGAAGCAUUUUAAAGUUCCAUUGGAAAUAUUUCUGGAGAAUAAGGAGGUUUCCUUGAUGCACGGUUUGUUGGAUCCUCAAAUUGCCAUUUGUAGUUCGGCGGUGCUUCCGCUGUUUUCCGACAAUUUUGACUUUGCGACGAGAGACGAUUUUGUGCGAGGUUUGUUGAUCAAUGAGGAAAUUUUGAACAGUCGAAUCUACGUAUCGCAGCUACCGAGAGAGGAAUAUGCCGUUCGGAUCAACAAUUGGCAGAGCUACCAGCUGGUCAGCAGGGAUGUGGCCAACCGUUACGUGUACCCUCUGGUUCCCGACAUGGGGGUUUGCGGUUAUAAGCAGCAGUACUCAUUCUGUCGGAACAACAUCUAUCGGCAUCGGGAUAUUCGUCUUGCGCGGGGAAGCGUAUUGAAGACCGAUGUUGUGGUCGGUGAGAAUUGCGCAAUCGACGAACAGACGGUGGUUGAACAUUCUGUGCUUGGAAAGGGUUGUAGGAUUGGUAAAAAUUGUAACAUUUCGAACAGUUUCGUCUUUGAUGGAGUGGAAAUUGCUGACGGUUGCAAGCUGGAUCAUUGCGUCGUUGGUGAAGGAGUUAAAAUAUCGGCAAACUGUAAGCUGAGUGAUGGUUGCAUUUUGGGACCGAAUGUUGUGCUACCGGAUAGUACGGCUAUCACUAAAGUGACCCUUCAAUCGACGAAACUGGAUGACGAUUGGGCAGAAGGUUCGGAGCAAGUAGGUCCGCAGGCUUACACCGUUCCGGAUUCUGUUCUAAAUGAUUUCGAUUCGGAAAACGAAGACGGUCCGACAAAUGCCAUCAAUCACCCCAUGCGGCUUAGGGAAUUGAAACGAACCCAAGACCCGCUGUCCGAUUACAGCAGCUCAUCGGAUGAAGGUGAAUCACGUGGUAUGUCUCCAGUUCAAGAGGAUUCCAACAUAUUCCUUUCCGAGGUACUGGAAUCGCUCAAACGUGGCUACUCCGAACGCUCCAAUCCGGACUAUCUUAUUCUGGAGAUCAAUUCUUCCCGCUAUGCAUACAAUAUGGCACUUUCGGAGGUUAAUUUCUACGUAGUCAAAGCGAUCCUGAUGCUGCUGACGAUGCAGGAGAAUGCAGCGAGCGCCAUCGUUUCCACGUUCAAGCAACUGCUGACGUAUUUCGGGCCGGUCUUUAAGAACUACAUUCGAGGCCGCGAUGCUAUGUUCGAUUGUCUGCGAGCUUUGGAGGAAACGUGCGAGCAAGAAGAAAUGGUACGUACCAAGAUUGCCCAGCUUGUACACUAUCUGUACGAGCGGGAUUUCAUCACCGAAGAGGUCAUCCUCGAGUGGCACCAAGAGCUGGAAGAAGAAGACCCCGGGUCGCUGAAGCAAAGUCUGUCUAAGCUGGUCGAUUGGCUGAUGCAGUCCAGCGAAGAAGAAGAAGAAGACGAGAGUGAAUAAAGUUUUGGAUUUGAUUCAGGUAAGUGCUGGGUAUACUAAUUUGAAAGAUAAUUCUUAUUCCGAAGCC